GGUAUAUUUUAUAGAUCUGCAGUCACACUGCACUACAUGGUGCCGCAAAAAGUAAAAUUACUAAAUUAAAUUAAAAAAAAAAAAACUUGGCAGCACCGCACAUCUUUCUCGUGCUAAAAUAUAACACUGUUCUAAAAGCGCGAGUGUCUCUUAAGUUUUGGGCCAUGGCAAACUCUUCACGCUCUUUCUCGAAUUUGUCAAAUCGUACGUUUUCGAUUGACUUGCCAUUAGAUGGCAUCACAGUAUCCCAUCACGGAUCUGCCUCAAUCGAAAUAGACGCGUCCUUCAACGGUGCCAAUUCGAAUGGUAGCGAGAGCUCCACAGCAAGCUUCAGUUCCAGUUCUAGCCGCAGUAACAGCACCCGGUCCAGCUCCACUUCAACAACCGGGAUCUCUAGCGCUGGGUCUACCAGACACGCCACUGGCAACAUCUCGGAGAAUUCCGACAUGGACAGUGUGGAAUAUAGUGUGAGCUUCGAGGAUACACAGUCUAGCCCGAAUUUUUCCAUCGACAUAUCCCAGGUGGAGGCUGAAAUAGAACGCAGUAUGUUUAAAGCAUCUUAAACCUAAACUAAAGCA